ACUGCAUUUGUAUUUACUAUUUUGUAUACAAUACAGAUACAGAAGACGAAAAUCUUUUAGAAAGUGUAAUCAAUGUAACUAUGUGAGUUCUAUUUCUAUGCUUUAAAAUUAUUUAGUUAAAAGAUAAAUCUGAAUAUUGCGUUCUACUGUUUGCAAUAACAAUAAUAAUUUUAUUAUAAGUAUUAACAAAUAUGAUGAAGACUAAUCACUGUUCAUAAAAUGGGUACUUGUUGCAGUCGUCAUUCACCAGAUCCUACCCAUCAUCUGGUUCUACAUCAUGGUUUCAAAAUACAAGAUUCUAUUGAUGUCUUGAAUAAAGGAUCUAGUGAAGUGCGUUAUGUGGCUGAUCUAAAUCGUCAACAUGGAACAGCAAGCAUUAAACGCCACGGCGUUGACAUUAUACGUACCCCAACAUCAACACUUCAUUCAUCUUUACAUGGACGAAUUGUGGUUGCUGUUUAUAAUUACCAGUCAAGGGAGAUGUCUGAUGUCUCCUUUGUUAAAGGAGACCGAAUGGAGCUAUUAGAUGAUAGUGAACCAGAUUGGUGGCGUGUAAGACAUUUGAGAACAAAUGAAGAAGGAUUAAUACCUUGGAAUUUUGUUGCUGAAGAAAAAUCAGUUGAGAGUGAAGAUUGGUUUUUUGGAAAAAUAUCUCGUAAAGAAGCAGAAAAACUUUUAUUAUCUGAAGAAAAUCAGAGAGGGACAUAUUUAGUACGUGAUUCGGAACACAAUCCAAAUGGAUUCUCUCUUAGUGUUAAAGACUGGGAAGGAGGUCGAGGGUAUCAUGUAAAACAUUAUAAAAUAAAAUCUCUUGAUAAUGGUGGUUAUUACAUUGCUACUAAUCAGACUUUUUCUAGUCUUCCUGAGCUCAUAUCUGCAUAUUCUAAAAAUUCAUUGGGAUUGUGUCAUGUUUUGGCUCGUUCAUGUUGUAAGCCACAACCACAGAUUUGGGAUUUAGGUCCUAAUUUACGUGAUCAGUGGGAAAUAGAUCGCAGUGAAAUCCAAUUAAUCAGAAAACUUGGCCAUGGUAAUUUUGGUGAAGUUUGGUACGGUAAAUGGCGAAAUAAUAUUGAAGUAGCUGUGAAAACACUCAAACAAGGCUCUAUGUCUACUCAAGCAUUUUUACAAGAAGCUUCUAUAAUGAAAAAGUUUCGACAUGAUCGACUUGUUGCCCUUUAUGCUGUUUGUUCAAAAGAUGAACCUGUACUAAUUAUACAAGAAUAUAUGUGUAAUGGAAGUUUAUUGGAUUUUUUGCGAAAUUGUGAUAGUAAAUAUUUACAAUUUGGUGAUUUAAUCUACAUUGCUGCUCAAGUUGCUAGUGGAAUGGCAUAUUUAGAACUAAAGCAAUUAAUUCAUCGGGAUUUGGCUGCAAGAAAUGUAUUGAUUGGGGAAAAUAAUAUGGCUAAAAUUUGUGACUUUGGUUUAGCAAGAAUUAUAGAAGAUGAUGAAUAUUGUCCUAGGCAAGGUACACGAUUUCCUGUAAAGUGGACUGCACCUGAAGCGAUUGUGUAUGGACGUUUUUCAAUUAAAUCAGAUGUGUGGUCUUUUGGAAUAUUACUUAUGGAAUUAUUUACGUAUGGACAAGUCCCAUACCCAGGUAUGCAUGGUCGUGAAGUAAUUGAACAAGUGGAACAUGGAUAUCGUAUGCCAAAGCCAGUAUCUCACUUCAUCCCUGAUGAUAUUUACAGACUGAUGUUACUGUGUUGGGACUCUGAUCCAGAUAAGCGACCCACAUUUGAGUUCCUGAAUCAUUAUUUUGAAGACUUCACUAUUACCUCAGAAAUACCAUACAGGGAAGUAAGUGAUUAAAUGAUCAAUUCUUGCACCAAUACCAAACGUGCCAUACUGGGUUGCUGCAAGUUUUUAAUAUUGUUAAUUUAUGAAAUUGAUUCACUUUUAAUUGACUCACUCAAUCAAACAGUAUUGAUUAAAAAAAAAAAAACCUAUAACUUAAACUAUACUACUACUUGGUUUAUUUUUAUUUAUUAACUAACUAACAUAUAUUUUAAU